GGCCCAAAAUGAAGCCAGCUAGUGCUAUUGUCAAAACCGCAUCUUAACGACCACACGAACCUCCUCCUUCCCUCCCGAUCUCCUCCGCCAUACAUGAAUCCGACCUCAUCCAAUCCUCCGCCUGCUCCGCCUCCCCCGCCGCAGCCGGCCGACGCCUCUGGCAAGAAGGUCCGCAAGCCAUACACCAUUACCAAGUCCAGAGAGAGCUGGACGGAAGAAGAGCAUGACAAGUUCCUCGAAGCACUACAACUGUUUGAUCGUGAUUGGAAGAAAAUUGAAGAUUUUGUAGGCUCGAAGACAGUGAUUCAGAUCCGAAGUCAUGCGCAGAAGUACUUUUUAAAGGUUCAGAAGAAUGGAACAGUGGCUCAUGUUCCUCCACCUCGCCCAAAGCGUAAAGCUUCUCAUCCAUAUCCACAGAAGGCUCCCAAAAAUGUGUCGGUUAUGGUUCCACUACAAGCAUCAGCAGCUUAUCCUUCUUCAUCCGUAAAUUCCCUUGCAGCUGGGUAUCCGGCUUGGGAUGAUGCAUCAAUGCUUAUAAAUAACAUAUCCUCUGGGCCCAUGCUCUCUGAAAACGAAUACAAUUUUCUAGGAGUUGAAGCUGAUAUUGGAUCAAAGGGAUCAUCAAGGAUUAGUAACUGCAGUGUAAGUGGCUUUGGAAGUUCGCCAAGAGCAUUGCCAAGUUUGGAGUUUUCAAAACAGGGCAAGCAAGCUUCUACACCUCAUGGUAUUCCUAAUUUUGCUGAAGUAUAUAGCUUCAUUGGAAGUGUCUUUGACCCGGAGAGUAAAGAUCAUGUGCAAAAACUCAAGGAGAUGGAUCCCAUUAGUUUUGAAACAGUCCUGCUAUUGAUGAGAAACCUUACCAUCAAUUUGUCAAGCCCCGAUUUCGAUCCAAUUAGGAAAGUUCUAUCGUCAUAUGAUGUCAGUCCCAAAACGAUGGUGUCGUCUCCCGGAACAGCCAUCAGCGCUGAAUAACGAUUAGUUAUUCGCCAAAUUCUUCAUGAAACCUGUAAUUAUAACUACACCUCCAUAAAUGUGCUUCACAUCAAUCUCCUAGCUUGAACACUCAGUCGCCAUGAAAUACAUAUAUGUAUGUAUAUGUGUAUGUAUAUAUGAGACAGAACUUGCAGCAGCUCAAAGAGGCUCCUCAGGUUACUCGGACAGGUAGUUGACUAAUUUCUUCUAGUCCUUGCUCAGACAUAUGAUUCGUCGUCAUUCCUCUGUCUCAUCCCUGUCAUAAUGUCCGCCUUCUUCUUCCUCUUCUUCCUCGACAUGAUUGUAAUGUUAUGCUUUAGGUUUGGAUGUUUUAGCGACGCGCCUGCAUUUUCCGGCAUCGCGUUUCAAUUUUGUUCGGGAGAGAGUGUACUAUAGUGAAGCUAGUUUUUGUAGCUAAUUUGUGACUACAUUCCUUUCCGUUACUGCUGUGUUAUAAUGCUCUGUAGAUAGUAAUAUGUCGAAGAUGGUUUGUUCGCUUGUGUACUUUUAAAUCUACUUGAUUCAAAAUAAAUUUCUGUAUUUACAUUA